CGCUCACUCUCUCCCCAUAGCCAUAACCCUCUCUCUCUCUCUCUCACACACACACACACACACACACGCACACGCACACGCACACAGAGUUCAGAGAAAAUGAACUCCGAGCUGAUCCAUAGAAGCCACAGUACCCAAACCCCACAACCCAUUAACCUUCAUUCAACAAAAUCCUCAGACCCUCUCCGAAACUCGACGAACCCAUUCCUGUACAUGCUCCGGAAGCAGCGCCUCCUGUUCAUGCUCGUCGGAAUCGCCAUAGCCACUCUCUUCUUUAACUUUAUCCCACCACAUGAUCGCCACCCGGUCAUCCAAUCAGAGCCGUCCGGUACUCGACGCGUGCUCUACGUCGACCAGGCCGACCACCAUUAUAAUCCACUAGUCGGCCUCGGGCAUGUGAAUGUGGGUGGGAAAGUGCUACUGGGGCUUAAGGGGAAGACGCUGAGGGUUCUGGUGACUGGUGGGGCCGGCUUCGUGGGGAGCCACCUCGUGGACCGUCUGAUGGAGCGAGGGGACAGCGUGAUCGUGGUGGAUAACCUCUUCACGGGGAGGAAGGACAACCUGGUGCACCACUUCGGCAACCCCAGGUUCGAGCUCAUCAGGCACGACGUCGUCGAGCCGAUUCUCCUGGAAGUUGACCAGAUCUACCACCUAGCCUGCCCCGCCUCGCCUGUGCAUUACAAGUACAACCCGGUCAAGACCAUCAAGACCAAUGUGGUGGGGACACUGAACAUGCUAGGACUGGCAAAAAGGGUGGGUGCAAGGUUUUUGCUAACCAGCACCAGUGAAGUGUACGGUGAUCCCCUGCAACACCCCCAGGCCGAGACCUAUUGGGGCAAUGUCAAUCCAAUCGGGGUAAGGAGCUGUUACGAUGAGGGGAAGCGGACGGCGGAGACCUUAAGCAUGGACUAUCACCGAGGCCUUGGCAUUGAGGUGAGGAUUGCUCGAAUUUUUAACACGUACGGACCACGUAUGUGCAUAGACGACGGUCGUGUUGUUAGCAAUUUUGUAGCUCAGGCACUAAGGAAGGAGCCAUUGACUGUUUAUGGUGAUGGGAAGCAAACAAGGAGCUUCCAAUAUGUUUCCGACCUGGUGGAAGGUCUAAUACGGCUUAUGGAAGGUGACCAUGUGGGUCCUUUCAAUCUUGGGAACCCUGGUGAAUUCACCAUGCUUGAACUCGCUCAGGUGGUACAAGAGACGAUAGAUCCUAAUGCAAAGAUAGAGUUCAGGCCCAACACAGAGGAUGACCCACAUAAGAGGAAGCCAGACAUCACCAAGGCCAAAGAGCUUCUUGGGUGGCAGCCAACUAUCUCCCUUCGCAACGGACUUCCUCUCAUGGUUGAAGAUUUCCGACAACGUAUAUUCGGCGACCAGAAAGACACCACUGUUUACAAUACCAUAAAGUCCGCAGCAUAAAUUUAUGUAUGUUGAGGGACAUUGAGAAAGAUUGAUUAUUGAUAAUGAAUAUAAAAUAAGAGGAACCUUUUGAUUACCUACCUUUCUCUCUGUUACUGUUCCUCACUCCAGGAAUAAGACUGGCAGCAGCUGUUCACAAUUGCAAGGGAAAAAGAUUAUUUAUUUAUGAGAGUUGUAGUAGAGCGAUCAAUCUUUUUGUAUAUGUAGAGUAAUCUUCUUUGACGUCCAUGUAUAAUUUUAUUUUCUUAUUUUUUUUU